GGGCCAGCCGAGACGCGGGCGCGGCGGCGGCGGAAGCGGGGUCCCCAGCGGCAUGCCAGUGCCCCCCGGGCGCGAUGGCUAGCGGCAGCGCCGGGAGGCCCACCGGCGAAGCCGCGUCUCCGGCUCCCGCGGGCGCCGUCGGCGGGCGGAAGAGGCUGGUGUCCGUCUGUGACCACUGCAAAAGCAAGAUGCAGCUGGUAGCGGACCUGCUGCUGCUGUCCAGUGAGGCGCGGCCAGUGCUCUUCGAGGGUCCCGCCUGCGCAGGCGCCGAGUCCUUCGAACAGUGCCGGGACACCAUCAUCGCACGCACCAAGGGGCUCUCCAUCCUCACCCACGACGUCCAGAGCCAGCUCAACAUGGGCCGCUUUGGAGAGGCGGGGGACAGCCUGGCGGAGCUGGGCGACCUCGUGGUGUCGCUAACCGAGUGUUCUGCGCACGCAGCCUACUUGGCGGCGGUGGCUACGCCGGGAGCGCAACCUGCGCAGCUGGGCCUGGUGGACCGCUACCGUGUGACCCGCUGCCGGCACGAGGUGGAGCAGGGCUGCGCCGUGCUGCGGGCCACCCCGCUGGCCGACAUGACCCCGCAGCUGCUGCUGGAGGUGUCUCAGGGCCUGUCGCGCAACCUCAAGUUCCUGACGGAUGCGUGUGCCCUGGCCAGUGACAAGUCGCGGGACCGCUUCUCGCGCGAGCAGUUCAAGCUGGGUGUCAAGUGCAUGAGCACGUGCGCCUCGGCGCUGCUGGCCUGCGUGAGAGAGGUGAAGGCUGCGCCCAGCGAGCUGGCGCGAAGCCGCUGCGCCCUCUUCAGUGGGCCGCUGGUGCAGGCUGUGGGCGCGCUGGUGGGCUUCGCCACCGAGCCACAGUUCCUGGGCCGAGCAGCCGCCGUUAGCGCCGAGGGCAAGGCGGUGCAGACCGCCAUCCUGGGUGGCGCCAUGAGCGUGGUGUCGGCCUGCGUGCUGCUGACCCAGUGCCUCAGGGAUCUGGCGCAGCACCCCGACGGGGGCGCCAAGACGUCGGACCACAGGGAGAGGCUGAGGAGCUCGGCCUGCGCCGUGUCUGAAGGCUGCACCCUGCUAUCUCAGGCUUUAAGGGAGAGGUCUUCGCCCAGGACUUUACCGCCAGUGAAUUCCAAUUCUGUGAAUUAGCACCCCCACCAACCCCUUAUUCCCCGCCCCCGCCCCCCCCUCCCCCGGCCAAGGGAAGACACUUAUUCUCUGCCCUUCUCCAUUUAUACCAAAGAAAUUACAGGUGAACCCUGCCCUGCGCCCGGAUGUUCAGUGCUCAAGAGGAAUCCUCGGAAAGGCGGGCCAGAGGCUGCCUGGCCCUUGCCACACCGAGUGGGAGCAGAGGAGAGUGGGCAAUGGUUUCGGUAUUACCCCUCGCCCCAGCCCAGCCCAUCAACUAUAUUGAUUAUUAAUUGGGCAGGAAGGAGCUCAUGGGUUCAUUUUUUUUUUUUUAAUUAAAAGAAAGGUUACCUCAGUUUUCACUCCUUAGACAUGGAUGUAGCUACCUUUUUGUAUGUCUUUUUUUUUUAAUUAGUAUACUUGGUGUGGAAAGAGUAUGACUUGACCAUGUGAUUUGCAAAUCGGGGGAAAGCUACUGUGAGCGUGUGUUUUAUUUUUAAUUUACACUAUAGAGUGAUUUUUCCCCCCCAAUGUCAAGUUUUUACCUUGCAUGUACUGGAGUAUUUAUUUCAUCUAUUAAAAUGUUCUGUUUCUCAGA